UACCGCCAUAAAAACACAUUUGUUUAUUGUCGUGUCGUUGUUUUGUUUUGCGUGUGUUAUGUAUUGUGUUAAAACUGAUAUAUAUUUAGAAUAGAAUUUAAUAUCAUCCUUUACCUCUGUCCAAGAGAAGUUUGAGUUAAAAACAAUUUACUUAACCAUCUUUUUAUAGGCCUAGGCUUAGGCUACUUUGAUUGAAGUGAAUUUGGAACACACUCGGUCAUAUUAUGGACUUGCCUUAAGUUGUUUUUGGAAUAUUUUAGUUAAGUUACUUAGGCUUGUAGAAGAAGAUUGUUAUCGUCAAUUUAUUUUGUUGUUGUUGUAUACUAACAUGUCUAAAAAAUCUAUUGAAGGCAAGUUUUCAAUUCAAUCAGUCUUUCACGAAGUUCAAUUUUCUAAGAGCAGCCAUGCAUCUUACAAGAAGAUACUAACCAACAUCUACAACAAAAGCAAUAUCACAGAUUUUUUGCCAGAAUUCAUCAAAUGUUUAAAAGUUUGUAUACUACAUGAAGAGAAGUCUGCCAAUGUUGAAAGGACAUUGGAUUUCACUGCAGAUUUUGCCGUGUCAUUUAGUUUUGAUCUGACUGAAGAUGAAACCUGCCCACUGCUUGAAGGAGUUUUCAGCUUUAUUUUUGAAAACCAUGACUGCAUUACCCAGCUGGUGCGAUUGAGGGUUUGUCAGCUGAUGAAUCGUCUGCUAGACAACAUGGGCCAUGACGCCUCAGUAGUAGAGGAGACGUACAAUAAGAUUGCCGAGUGCAUGUUGGUACGAUUGCAGGACUCCAUGUCAAGUGUAAGGACACAGGCAGUGUAUGCGCUCUAUCGUCUGCAAUCCCCAGGGGAUCCCAACUGCGAAAUCAUCAAUGCCUUUGUGUUCCACAUGACGCACGAUCCCUGCCACGAGGUACGGCGUGCAGUGGUGCAGAAGAUCGCUGUCAACAAGAUGACAUUGGCCCAUGUCCUCACGAGGAUGAACGACGUCAAAGACACAGUCCGCAAGGAGGCUUACAUCGUCAUCGGCAGAUUUGUCAUCCGCCAGUUCACCAUCAAGCAGCGACAGUUGAUAUUGGAAAACGGACUCGGAGAUAGAUCAGAGCUGAUCCGAGACUAUGUGAAAACAAGCCUCAUUCCAAGCUGGUUGAAGUAUUUCAACCAUAACUAUCAAGAAUUCUUGGAAUGCAUCCAUGUUGAAAAAAUUGUCGAUACAUCUAUGAAACUGUUGAAAGCAGUUUUUGGGAAACAACAUGAAGUGAUACUUGAAGCCAAAGCUAAAGAGAUGCACAUUAUCAACCAGAAGAUCGCGUAUCACAAACUUACGAUGGUGACGGUGGUGUUCUGGAGAGCCUUGGUGGAGUUCUGCAAACCAACAGACGAGAGUGACAAGUGGGAACGUGUGUUCCAGGUGAUCCUACCAGAUCUCACACCGUUUUGUCAGUAUAUCAGGGGGUAUUAUUUCCCGCAAACCCCGGUUGAGGAAAUAUCUUCAAAUCGAUCUUCUAUGGAAUCUGCAUCCGGAGGGACAGCCAACAAUGACACGAACAGGGAAGGAGAAAACACAGAUGUUACAACCAAUGUUAACAGCUCAAGCACAGAGGAAAAUAAAGAGAGCCCAGCGCAAAAUGAGGGAAAUACAACAGCUGAUAAGAAAAAGCCCAAAAAUCCUCACACUCCAGAUGAAAAUGUUUUGGUCCAUUUGCUCGAGAUGUGCCGAGUGUUUGAUUUGUCGGACGAAAUGGGAAGAACAAGUCUCAAACAGCUGUGUAAAGAUCUACUAGAGAGCACCUCAGUGACGUUGGUCAGUGUACCUACAUUGUCUCGUCUGCUAGAUCACAUAGUCCCCUCUCCUACCGCUAAGCUGAGUGCUAUUGCUGAGAUCAUUACAGAGCUUAGAGAGCCACUGAUGGCCUGUAAUGCAUCUGUAUACGUUCCUGAUCUUAUUUUGAUAGAGGCCGAGGAGAAGAAAAGCGAACUUGAGGACAGGAUCAAUGAACUGAAGAGCGAAAUGGAAAUCGCCGAAGAACUGGGAGAUGUCGAGAGAAUGGAAGAGAUAAAAGGAACAAUCAAAGGUCUACAAGAGGAGUUGAAAAUACUAAACACAGUAACUCCUCAUGAGCCUGGAAGAAACAUCAACAAUGAUCCAGAAACUCUGAAAAAGUGUUUGACCAUCCUUGUUGAGAUCAUGAAGCAAGGAAAGAUCAGGAAGUUGGAUCCAACUCUGCUCAGCUUGAUGCAGAACUUCAUAGUACCAACUCUAAACCUCAGGACCUGGUCUCCUUAUAUUCAUUUUAUCCGGGCGAGAGAGGAACGUUUACGUGAGAUUGAGGGCGACGGCUCAACAGCUAUCAAGAACUUGGCCAUGGAAGUCCUAGCAACCUUCUGUAUCCUGGACGUUGAACUUGCUAAAGAACACUUCUUCAUGUUUUGUUUCAAUAUUGCUACAGACUCCAUGUCAGUGACGGCCCUCAAAUCUGUAUUUGAUCUGCUGCAUGUUCACGGCCUCAAUACGUUCAACAUCACAGAUCCAGACGAGGCCAAUACAGCGGAAAACGUAGAAGAAGAAACGCCAAAGAAGCCCAAUCUGAUCAAUCUCCUUUUUUCUCUGCUUACUAGUGAGUCGAAAGAUAUGAGAAGAACUGCUGUCGUAGGACUUUGUAAACUACUCUUCUUUGGCCGAAUCAAGUCAGCUGAACUGGUUUCAAAACUGAUACUGCUGUGGUACAACCCAGAAGUGGAGACGGACCCGUGGAUUCGUCAGCCGCUUGGAGUGUUUUUCCGCAUGUUUGCCGCAGCGUGCCCGCACGCACCUGAGUUGCUACUUCGUGCGUUCCUACCGACCGUGCGAGAGCUGUUCCACAUAGAGGUCACCGACCCCAUGUCCGAGGUUGUGGUUGAGAGUGUAGCCAACUUGAUGGUCGACCUCACCCGUCCGGGUACUAGCAAGUACGAGAAAAAGGACCUACAUGUCCACAAUCAGCUGGCCAUCAACAUAUGUGAGGCAGUGCUCAGCCAAGAGUUUGAGCCUAUCAACGCCGCCGUGUUGGUCAAACUGCUCGGCCACCUUGAUCUCAGCUAUGACAACAAAACCGACAUGAGCAUCUUGUCCGCUCUCGCCUCACGGAUGGUUGCGACGAUUCCAAAAGGGGAUAAACUCUUGUUGCGAUUGGCUGCAAAGUUUGAAGUGACACUGCAAGUUCGCCAAGAUGCUAACCAGACAGCGAGCACAAUCAACAACACUCUUCCAGCCGAGAGUUCCACAGCUACUGGAACUGUUUCCAGAAUGAGCAUCUUGUUUCCAGAUGACAAUUCUAACUCAGAAGUGGAAGAGGAGGAAGACGCAGAGAACCUCAGUCAAGAUUUGACUGUUAGUCGAGCUGUAGAUGAAUCAGAUAUUGUGAUACCUGAUUCUGACGAGUCGUCGGACACCGACACUGAAGAAUCAACGUCUCUUAGAUCUCCAAAGAAGAAGUUGCCGAGGAUAUCGGACGACUCGGAGUUCAAACAACCCCUGGCUCCUGCCCCUCGCACCCCUGCCAAGACACCUUUCAAGGUUCCCACCAAAACUCCCAGGAAAACAUCUAAAACUCCCGCCAAAACCCCGUCCAAAUCCACCACCAAAACACCAGGUAAAACUCUUGCUAAAACCGCUUCCACAACUCCGUCUAAACCUAGUAAAACUCCAUCUAAGCGUGCAUCCAAAACUCCCGCCAAAACGACAAAAACUAAUACAAAAACAACAGCUAACGGGAGACUGUCUUCGAGUUCGUCCGAGGAAGGAACGCCUCCUAAAAGUCCACGGAAAUCUCCAAAGUCUUCACCUUCAGAGGUUUCCGUUUCUACUUCUGAAAGAGCCACAAGGUCAACAAGAAAGCAAAAAUUAUGAUUAAACAAUUAUUGUUUAAAUCUUAAAUCAUCUCUACUGUGUUAAAUUAAGUCGGCCAAGUUGUUGACUAAACCUGACAUUAAUAGCAGGCUUACCUGAAUGAGAAAGAGUCCAAUCACGGACGAGAAAGACAAAACUAUAUAGAAUACACUACACUUUACUCUAUAAAAUAUAAUAAUUCACAUAUUACGAAGGUAAACCUGCUUUCCUCACAAAAAAUCCUAAUAACCUAGGCCCUUUUGCUAUGAUAUAUCCUUAGGCUUGAAUAUGUGUGACAACCAAGAAACUUUGUUAAUUUAUUAUUUUUGAACAUUUUUAUAAGAAUUUACCAUUUUCUUUUUCCAAGUUAUCUGACGUUUCCGCUUUUCCUAUUUUCCAUAAUCAGUUUAAAUAGGAUAAUCGAGACUCCACUCUGUACAUUUAUUCAUAAAACAGCUUGAAUCUAACAAAUCAAGUUUAAAAUCAGCUUUUUAUUAUGAUUAUUAAAAUUUAAUUAGGUGAAUUUAUACUUUUAUAUCUUUAAUGAUAUGAUUAUACUUUAUUACUAACU